GUGACAAAUUGGAAUCAUUCAAGAAACUGGAGGAAGCGAACCAGAUAAUUCAUCCCAAACACCAUUGGCACUUCUUAUUCGAGUCGGAACACCAGCCGUCCAGAUGCAGUUUCGACUUUUCUCAUUGACUUUAAUCGUGUUGAACUGUAUGGAGUACAGCAACUGUCAAACGCAGUCAAAUCGCUGGAGGAGGAACAAAAGAGCUAGCUAUGGUGUGUACCCCAUCUGCAAGGGCUGCUCGGUGUGCUCCAAGGACAAUGGCUGCGUGAACUGCCAGCCCAAGCUCUUCUUGUUCCUGCGGAGGGAGAGGAUGAGGCAGUACGGCGAGUGUCUCCACGCUUGUCCGACGGGAUACUAUGGCAUUCGAGCUCCGGAGAUCAACACGUGCUCCCGGUGCAGGAUAGAUAACUGUGAGUCCUGCUUCAGUAAAGACUUCUGCACCAAGUGCAAGGCAGGGUUUUACCUGCACAAAGGGCGCUGCUCCGAGAAGUGCCCCGAGGGCUUUGCGCCCCUGGAGGACACCAUGGAGUGUGGAGAAGGCUGCGAGGUGGGCCAGUGGAGCGAGUGGGGGUCCUGCACCAGGAGAAACAAAACCUGCGGCUUCAAGUGGGGUCUGGAGACCCGGACGCGGCACAUCGUGAAGAAGCCGCCCAAGGACACUAUACCCUGCCCCACUAUCGCCGAGUCCAAGAGAUGCAAAAUGGCCAUUAGGCACUGCAGGAGAGGAGAAUCAGGGAAGCACCGACCCAAAGAACCAAAGAAGAAGUCCAACAAGCAGAGGCUCCGGUUCCAGGCCCAGAACCAGCACAGUGACCACCUGGCCUCCAUGAGCUCCAGCCAAUAGAGGACUGGAACCCCCCCCCCCCCUCCCCUUGGAACCUAAACAACACAAAGCUGCUAGCUGCUGCUCCACAAAUCCCCCCCACCCUCCGUCAACCCCGUCAACCCACCCUCCUACCCCAGCACACAGUCACACUACACCCUAUUAAUGACCCUACACAUGUCUAUGGUUGUAGUAAAGUACACAUAUGCCCUCUGUCCCUGUCUCUCUCUGCCUUCUGCUGCUUCCCUCGUACCGUAGAGUACCGCAUCGUAGUGUACCGCUGACAGAUCAGCCAAUCAGCUUCCUCCUUUGAGCCCACUGUGACAUCAUAGAACUCAUAGAAACAUUUGUUCCCUUUGCUCACACGUCAUGUACGUCUGGUUAGAACAAACCAAACGAGGGGCGACCGACACACACACACAGACGGACGGACUGAGGACGCGAAGGAGCAGAAGGAGAAUGAGGAAUGAGAUGGAUGUUGAUAAUAGUGAUGACGGUCCAGCUAAGGGGGCAAUGGAAGACGUCGAGACGACGAUUCCGACGGAGAGAGGAAGAGCGUGCAAAGAGAUGGAAUGAGAGGAUGAUCAAGAGAAGAGCAGAGAUUUGGCAGAAGCAACGAGGGUGACGGCUCUAAGUGACAUCUUUAAAUCAUUUAGACUUUUCUGUAUUUAUUUCAAAGCCAACUCGUAUUUUCCCCCCAUCGGAGGCGGUGUGUUCCAUGUACUGCCUGUUUGUUCACUAUGUACAUUUUUGAGAGUCAUGUUAAGGAAUACCAUUGCAUAGUUGCAAUGUAUUUUAUUCUCAGCACAAAAUGUUUACGUCCAGAACCGCUUCAGCUCUCUAACUGUACGGUGUGGAUAAAUAAAUGUAGUUGUUUGACUUAGCAUGGCAAAAAAACUCAUGUGUACAUAGUUGAUGAGUUUAUCCAAUUAUAAAACCUAUUACUGUGUUUUCGGUAUUGACUCUCCUUCAGCGUUCUAAAUGUUUUAGUGAAAAGGUUGUAAUAUCAAGCCACAGUUUCAAAAAGAUUGAAAACAAAGUAAUAAACAUAGCCACCACAUAGCUAUUACAUUUAUAUGGUAUAUAUUUGAUUUAUUUAUUGAUUCUAUUUUGUACUUUUGUGUUCGUGACAAUUUUGUCUCAUACUGUUACUACUCUGUGCUGAAAUAUGAUUUGAAUCCCACAAUACAGAUAUCUUUAAAA